AUGAUUUUACCCGACGACUCAUUCAUAAGCGACGACGAAGAAGAAUACUGUCCAUUAUGUGUGGAGGAAAUGGAUAUUUCCGAUAGGAAUUUCAAACCAUGUCCUUGUGGAUACCAGAUUUGUCAAUUUUGCUACCACAACAUUAGACAAAACCCAGAAUUGAAUGGAAGAUGUCCCGGAUGUAGAAGAUUAUAUGAUGAUGAAAGCGUGGUGUACAUCAAGGUCAGUCCCGAGGAAAUCAAAUUAUUACAAGCAAAGAAGGAGAAACGUGACCGGGAGAAGAAACAACGAGAAAAGGAAAGAAAAGAAACGGAUAUGGCUAGUAAGAAACAUUUGUCUGGAUUAAGAGUUGUCCAAAAGAACUUGGUUUAUGUCACUGGAUUGAAUCCACCUUGUAACCCCGAGGAAUUGCAUUCGUUGUUGAGAUCUGACAAGUAUUUUGGGCAAUAUGGUAAGAUUUCUAAAAUAGUCAUUAAUAGAAAGAAUCCACCUUCCAACACGGGUUCAUCAGCAUCAACAUCGAACCACAACCAUCACCACCAUAAUAAUAAUAAUAAUAGCAACAACAACAACAACCAAGGAUCCGGAUUGGUGGUUUAUGUUACUUUUGCGAGAAAAGAAGAUGCCUUGAACUGUAUCACAGAGUUAGAUGGGUCUCUUUGUGACGGAAGAAUUUUGCGGGCUGCUCAUGGAACUACGAAAUACUGUUCUUCGUAUUUGCGUGGCCACCCAUGUCCAAACCCAAAUUGUAUGUUCUUGCAUGAGCCCGGAGAAGAGGCAGACUCAUAUACGAGAAAGGAUUUGUCAACGCAGCAGGGUAUCAAGAUGGGCAUGACUUCGAGGGCACACACAACAUCUUUUGGUGAAGAGACUUAUAUACCAAACCACGUUCUCAAUGGAAUGUCAGAAGAAGAGGUACACCAAUACCAGCAACCACAUUCACACGCAGCAAUUUCUUCUUCAUCCUUAUCUACGCAUCAUCAUCAACAGCAACAUCAACCACAACAACAACAACAGCAGCAACAGCAACAACAACAACAGCCGCAUUCUCAACACUUUGAGUCUAAAGAACAUCUUCCAGCAACUGCACACUGGGCAAGCUCUGCAUCUGCUACAAACUCUCCCACAGUCAACAACAACAUUCCUUUGGCUAAUUCAGCAGCAUUUCCAACCUUGGCGGAGAUUGCUAGAGAUCACAAGCAGCAACGUAAAGAGCUCAAGAGUAGAGUUUCAAGCUCAAAAGUGCAAAAAGCAGCUCCAGCUACUGAAGAUCUUAGUGCUGAUGACACGUUUGUAUUACAGUUUGUUGAGCAACUUGGUGAGCAAUUGAAGAAUUUGGAUGAAAUCAAAACUGUCAAAUUUAAGAGCUCGGCAACAGGUAACAAAGUUCCAUUAUUUUCAUUUAAUUGCGAACUGUGUAAUGAAACAAAACCAGAGGAUGAAAAGGUUAUCGCACGUCAAGUGAUUGAGAGAUUUCUUUUGAGGCCCAUAAAAAACUAUCAUUUGGCUUAUCAAAACCACCCUAUAGUGCAACAACAAUCUUUAUUGCAACGUCAGCAACAGCAACAGCAACAGCAGCAACAACAACAACAACAACACACACCUAUUGCUGCGAUGGCACAGAUUCAACAAAAGACUGAGGAGCAACAGAAACAAGCGCAACAGCAAUUGCUUUUGCUUCAAUUGCAACAGCAACAGUUGCAACAGCAACAACAACAACAACAACAACAACAAAAUCAAAAUCAAAAUUAA